AUGGCAACCAUGGAUCUUCGUGUCGGCAACAAGUACCGCAUUGGCCGUAAGAUUGGCAGCGGGAGCUUCGGUGAUAUCUACCUCGGAACCAACAUCAUUUCUGGUGAAGAGAUCGCCAUAAAACUCGAGAGCGUCAAGGCCAAGCACCCUCAGCUCGAAUAUGAAGCCCGUGUCUACAAGUCCCUCGCCGGCGGUGUCGGGAUCCCCUUCGUCCGUUGGUUCGGAACCGAAUGUGACUACAAUGCCAUGGUCCUGGACCUUCUCGGACCCAGCUUGGAGGAUCUGUUCAACUUCUGCAACCGCAAGUUCUCCCUCAAGACGGUCCUCCUUCUGGCCGACCAGUUGAUCUCCCGCAUCGAGUACAUCCAUGCCAAGAGCUUCAUCCACCGUGAUAUCAAGCCGGACAACUUCCUCAUGGGCAUCGGCAAGCGUGGAAACCAGGUCAACGUCAUCGACUUUGGACUUGCGAAGAAGUACCGUGACCCCAAGACUCACUUCCAUAUCCCGUACAGGGAGAACAAGAACUUGACCGGCACGGCCCGUUAUGCCUCCAUCAAUACCCACUUGGGUGUCGAACAAUCCCGCCGUGACGAUAUGGAGUCCCUCGGCUAUGUCAUGCUCUACUUCUGCCGUGGAUCCCUUCCCUGGCAAGGCCUGAAGGCUGCUACUAAGAAGCAGAAGUACGAUCGCAUCAUGGAGAAGAAGAUGACCACGCCCACCGAAGUCCUUUGCCGUGGCUUCCCCAACGAGUUUGCCAUCUACCUCAACUACACUCGAUCGCUCCGCUUCGAUGACAAGCCGGACUAUUCCUACCUUCGCAAGAUCUUCCGCGAUCUCUUCGUCCGCGAGGGCUUCCAAUACGACUACGUCUUCGACUGGACUGUCUACAAGUACCAGAAGAACACCGAGAAGCUCCAGCCCAAGACGGCUGCCACUCCGGACGACUCCAAGGACGUCGAGCCGCCGACUAACACCACCAGGCGCACCAAGACUGGAGGAAUGUGA